AGGGGUGAUGAUGGCACACCCUCCGUGUUUGGAUUUACCUUUUACAAACACCUAUUCUCAGGGAGAGAAAGAGAGAACGAGGAGAAGGAAGAGGAGGAGGAGGGAGAGUUUGCCCCACAUCUUCACAGCUAAAACUGCCUCCGUCGUUGAGACAGUCCGAGAUGGAGCCGUCUGUGGGCAACAGAGCGCAGCGUUUCCACUCAUGGAUCCACGCAGAAAAGGAGGAAUUUGGUGAAAAGCGAAUAUAAACUACAAACGGAGUUCGAAAUCAACCCCGCUUUCAUCCACCAUAUGGAGUCAAACUUCAUAUUAAACUAUUUUAAAGGUUCUUCUGUAGCAACAGCCUGAGUCUGAUUGGGAACUGAUGUGUGUCAUGGGGAUAUGGUGAGGCGAUGUGCACAAGCUUGUGUGAGAAGAGAUGUGGUGCCAUCAGUGGAGGAAGAGGAAGGGGGACAGGUGAAAAGCUGGAUCUCUACUCAUGGCUGUGCAUGUCACUCUUGUUCUCGACCCUGUGGGGUCAAGCAACCCCGCAGUGCCCGGACAGCUGCCACUGUGCCUGGGAAACGGCCACUGUCUUGUGCUCGGACGCAGGGCUGCGGGAAAUCCCAGAGGGGAUCCCACCAGAGACGGUUUCCUUACACCUGGAGCGCAACUACAUCCGGAACAUCCCAGAGAGUACCUUCAGCCACCUUGUCCACCUGCGGGAUCUCUAUCUGUCCCACAACCGCAUCGAUUCUCUCUCCUCCGGGGCCCUGCGGCAUCUGGGACCUGACCUGCGCCUGCUGGACCUCUCACAUAACCAGCUGAGGCAGGCCAGCAGGGAGGAGUUUGGGUCCACUCGUGCCAAGACGCGGCUCUACCACAAUCCCUGGCACUGUGAUUGCACCCUGCAGGAGCUGAUGGAGACUCUGAACCUGGAGCCCGAGACCGUGAAUGGAAUCAUCUGCGAGAGCUCCGUGCGAGGCAUAGGUGAGGGGAGCCGGUGGGAGGACCCGGGAUCACCAGGUGAGCACGCAGGUCAGCCGCUGGUCAAGCUGCUGGACUCUGGGGUGAACUUCUGCAGCCUGCAGAGGAAGACCACGGAUGUAGCCAUGCUAGUGACCAUGUUUGUGUGGUUCUUCAUGGUCAUUGUGUACGUUGUGUACUACGUCCGGCAGAACCAGGCUGAGGCCCGGAGGCAUUUGGAGUACCUGAAGAGUCUGCCCAGCCCACGUAAGACCCCUACAGAGACAGACACUCUGAGCACGGGUUUCUGAGCUGAAUGCUGUUGAAACUUAACAUUCAGGUGCCAUAUUUAUGGAACGUGACUCUGAAACGCUGAGAGAAGUUACUGAAGUUACCAACUAUGGAGGAAAUUAACCUUUUACAGCUGUUUGAUUAUUCCGUUAAAUUCUUAUUCUAUACAUUUAUUUUCUUAUGACGUUUUUGUUUUUCAGUUUUAGUACAAAAUUUUACAUAUUUUUCAACUUGUACUAUCUGCACUGAUAGAGGAGAGGAAAAGUUAUAAAGCGCAGCAGGUAAUGAUAAGACAGGACUACAUAUAGAGAAAGACUUUGAACUUAAUAACAUUCUGUCUCCCUUUGUAGCACCUCUUUUCUUCUCACUCCAUGCCUCGUACUCUGCUCUUUUAUCUUUCAUUAGGUUCUAAUUAGGAGACGUUGACCAGCUGACCCCUAAUGAACACUUGAAAGGCACUAAUCAGUUGGAGUGUGUUUGUCAGGUGUGCAAAUUCAGAUGUGUGUCCUUUACAUGCUGUUUGAGUCAUCUGUAUGUGUGUGUGCAUGUAUACACGUGUGUGUAUAUGUGGUGUUUCUAGGCACUGUCACGGCCAUUCUUACUUUGAAAACCCUGAUUUUGCACAAAUCCUUACCAGGACUUCAGUUUUAGACAAACACCACACUACUCAUCUAAAUUUACGCUGGACAAGCUGGAUGGGAUGUGCUUUGUCCUUAUGCUGGAGCAAACAGUUUUUGAAAAAUCUCAACAGAUGUAAUAAUUAGUACAAAGAAAUUUUGAGCCGAGUUAGUGAAAUGAGUUGCUAUCUAGAGGUUUUGCUUUAGUUCCGAUUUGUCUUUGAGCUACGGGAGUCUAAUUGUGCCACAAUUCAACAAAGAUCUCAAACAUGAAAUGAACACUUAAAGUCAAAACAAAUACAUAAAUGAUUUAAGUAAAUACAACUGUCUUGAUGAACGUGACUAGAUGGAUUUUAGGUAUGACAUGGACAUUUCUGAGUUUUUUAAAUUAUCUUAAGGCUGUGGACUGUAGAACAUCAGCUCUACCAGCCAAAGCCAGCGGUCCCAGAGUUUACAUGCUACGUAAGAAGCCACAGUGACAGUAUAAAGUAUUUUAUGGUGUACUAAAGCGAAGAAAGCUUAAAUUGAUUUAAUAAUUGCUGAAACAGUCAGAUCACAUUUCAACAUGUGACUUCACAUUCAAAUUGUGUUUUUCAUUUACUUACAUAAUUUUGCAUUUAAUAAAUUAUUGAAAUAUUUGAAUAAAUAUUGAUAAAUUGGAUUUAUUCGUUUCCAGGUUUGUUCUAAUAUGAAUAUGUAUAAAUAUAAUUUCAUGCUUUAUUUUCUUUCUUCAUUUUGGAGCUUUUUCUUCUCCAUGGUUUACCACAUGGACUGUAUCAGAACUGACUCCAUUUUUACUGACACUGAGAAAAUAAUCACCUCAUUUAUUAUUAAAAGAGUCAUUCAUUUUAUUAUAACAUAUUAGGUGAGCUGUGUAAAUUAAUGCAUUUCUUCUCCUGCUUCCUCCACAUAUUGAGCUAAACCACACUGGAUUAACAGCCACAUCUGAUUGAUUUUUGUGAGGGUGUUGCAACCAUGCUUAUUGUACAAAUAACUCCAGUGUCCUCAACGGGAUAUGUUAGUGUUGUAUUAAAAUAUUAAUGCAAUUCUUCUCUGCUACAAUAAGAGAUCUAAAAUAAAACUCCUUUCUAUUGGCAAUCAUAAAUGCCGAGAAAUGGUUCAAAAUAUGGUUUGACAUAAUGAAUAAAAUAAUCAAAAUUAUGUUCAUUUUAUGUUAAUUUACCCUUAAUUUAUACUUCUGCAUUAAUGUCACAACAUCAGACGUUCUUUGCACAUUUAUUUUGACCAAAAAUUAAUGAAUUGAAGAAAAGAAUGAUCCAAACAAGUGUCUUGACAUUCAAAUUACACCUGAGUAAAUGUGUUGAAUGAAAAUAGAGUUCAUGUACAGUAAGUGUAACAUUAUGUAAAUUUUUGUUUGGUUGUUUUCAGAGCAUUGCAUUUCUUAAAAUCAGAGUAUUGUAGGUUUUGGGUGGUUUGAAAAAUAGCAAAAAAUUUUGAAUGAGAUGUCAGAAAUUGUGCUUGACUCAAAAGAGUUUUCUUCAGCAUGAAGAAACAGUUCUCCCCCCAACCCCACCUGUUGCUGCCAGAUGCCACAAAGUUGGCUGAAAGAAACCCAGUACAUUUUUUACUUGUUCCCAAAAUUGGAAAAAUAAAUUGGGAUGAUGGACAAACAGAAGGAAAGCUUACCCACAACUUUUGGUAACAAUAUGUCGGUCAAACAGCUGGCUGCAGCCUGUGAUACCAUACUGUGAAACCAUGGUAUGGGACAACAUGGUUUCACUGUAUGCUACUUGCAUAAAAAAUCUAAACAAAAAAAAAUAUAAUGGUCCAGUUACCUCCUCAAACACUCAGGUGUGUCGACAAGAGACACAUCAAACAGUUGCAGGAAACCGGCCCUCUGAAUUUGACAUCUGAGAAUCUCAUUCCAACUCAUGUGUUAUGUAUAAUGUCAUAACUAGAUGUAGCUUACAUAAUAAUAAAAAUUCUUUGUGUUGCAGAGAUAAUAGGAUGGAACUGAAGCCAUACAUUUGUUUUAUUAAAUUUGUGUCAAACAAAAUAAAUCACUUGUUCAUCUUGAAAAUUAUAUCUGCUUUACUUUGGUCAAUGUUUCCAUAAAUUUAAAAAAAUCUUUUCUUACUUUGUGAAAAUAAAGAAUUAAUAGGGAAUUGAAUGGACUGAUUUAUGCUUGAUAUGUAAACAAUUGUGUAUAAAUUCAUUAUCAGACUGUUAAAACUGUACCUGGAUUUUAUCAGACAAAUGGUACUUUUUAGAUGCAGAAGCAGAACUUAGAAUAGGUAACCUAUCUGUAAACUGUGAUGUGCUAAUUGUGGUGUGCAUGUGUUGUAACCCACAGACAAAGGCUGGCUGCAUUGUGUCUACACUUUAAAUUAGAGUCAGUCGUUAUCAUGUUGGUAAACCAAAGGCUAAAAGGGAGAUGAGGUUGGACAACUCUCUGACCUUUAAAUAACAAGAGAGCAAAGGGUGAGUAGCAAUGUGGGUGUUUACUGUUUGUCACAAAUCAUUCAUCUAAAUUUCAUGCAACAUAUUUCUGUAUCCUUCAAUGCACAUUUUGUAUUGAGUAAACCUUGGACCAAUUUUUGCUUGCUGUUAAUUCUGACAAGCCAAAUCUCAAAAUCUAAAUAUGUCUACUUGUUAUAGUCUUUAGCUGUGGGAUUUCAUUUAUUGAUGUUGAUGUUUUGUUUUAAUCAUUGCUCUAUUUUAUUGUUUCCUGACAACAAAUGAUUCAAAUCUAAAUAAACUUUUGCAGUGCCUUGCAAUAGACGACACACGCUUUUAUUUUACUUUGUAGAGCUUUUUGUGAUAGUCAAAUACAAAGGCGUGCUUAAUUGGGAAAUGGAAGAAAAUGAUGCAUUUUUGACAAAAAUUUAAAAGGGUGCCGUGUGUUUUUCUAUUAAAUCAAUUUUUAAUUAGAUGUAGGUUCAAGUUUUAACUGCUACAUUAAUAUGCUUAAGUCUAAACCACCUCAGUUUGGCCCUGGUCUGGUGGUUAUCCUGCUGAAAAUGUAACGUAAUGUGUCUCAAGUUUUUCGCAGCCUUCAACAACCUUUCUUUCAGGGUAGCCUUUUUAUCUACCUCUCACCUCUAAGCAGCUUCCCUCCCCUGCUCAAGAAAAACAUCCACAUAGCAUGAUGGUUCCAUCACCAUGUGUUGCUGUGGGGGAGGUGUGGUGAUGUUCAAUUUUACACACAUAGCAUUCAAUUUUCCUCUCAUCUCAUCUGGACCAACUUCUUCCACGUUUUUUGUGUACACAGCUUGAGGCAAAUUGAAAUGAGACUUUUUUGACUACUCUUUCAUGAAGGGUAGAUAUGACAUAAUCCACCUGAGUGGUAUCUAUGUGCUGUUUCUUCAGGCUCUUGGCUAUUUAACUUAGUGUGCUUUUGGCCGUCAUGAUGCUAUUAAUCAGUGGCAUCUGAAGGCAUUUGACAUUAGUGUAUUUUAUUUAGGUAUAUCAGAUUUAAAAUGUGCCAGAAAAACACUGUAUAUAACCAUCCUGCAGUGAAACAUGGUCGAUGCAGCAUCAUGCUGUGAUGGAAUGAGAUAAAUGAGUAUUAUCUCGAGUUAUAAUGAGUUUUAAAAGGAUAAAAAAAUAAAUAAUAAAAAAUAGGGAUACCUAAAAGGAUAUAAAAAAUACAUAAAAGUGACGGAAGAGAACAUCCGAAAAGCUGCAAAAAACUUGAGAUUGACUUUUUAUUAAUGAAUUGAAAAAUUUGUUUUAUAACUCUUAUAACUGAAAAGAAAAGCCUUUCCUGAGUUUAAGCAAUAAAACGGUUCUUGUAACUACCGACAGCUCUUUUCAUGUUUACUUUGGUAUUUUUUACCAUUAUUUUUUUUUACUUUCCAGAGGAUUGAGGUUAGAAGAUCUCAGUGCCAUCACCCUAAAGUUUAGCUUUUGGCACAAAUUUUCUAUUAGAUUUAAAACAUUAUUACUUCAACUUAGAAGAACAUGUUUAUCAAUUUAAAUGAUUACCAUUUAACUAAAUAUUCCUGGGGUGUGAAUACUUUUGACUGUUAGGUUAACAGGAAAUUCAAUAAAACUCAACUUCAGUCUG